AUGGCAGACUCUUUCAAGGCCGUAGACCUAUCGAGUUUGGCCACCAUUGCCUUUUAUGGCUUCAUCGGGUUAAUCGUCUCGGUUCUGGUCAAUGCCUGCCGUCAGACGUUUUUUCACGGGAAGAGCGAACCGCCAGCUGUGUUUCAUUGGAUUCCCUACAUUGGCAAUGCUAUUUCCUAUGGCAUGGAUCCCGUAGCGUUCUUCGUCAAGUACCGUGCUCAGGACAUCAACGCCGAAGAAAUUUACGGCCCCCUCACAAUUCCCGUAUUUGGGAAAGAUGUUAUUUACGACUGCCCUAACUCAAAGCUCAUGGAGCAGAAGAAGUUCGUCAAGUUUGGACUGACACAAAAGGCUCUGGAAUCUCACGUCCCGUUAAUUGAGAAGGAAGUGGUGGAUUACAUCAAGAUGAGCCCUGCAUGGAAGGGGUCGUCGGGUGUUGUUGAUAUUUCUACCGCCAUGUCUGAGAUCACGCUGUUCACAGCAGCGCGCUCAUUGCAAGGAGAAGAAGUCAGGCAAAAGCUGACGGCUGAGUUUGCGGGAUUGUACCAUGACCUCGACAUGGUAGGUGCCCCCUAUUCCGUGCCCCAAUCCAUAUAUGGCUUCUCAAGAUGCAAGGAUGAUACUGAUAGCGGGGCCAUCCAGGGCUUCACCCCAAUCAACUUUCUCUUCCCUUGGUUACCUCUACCCCGAAAUCGCCGUCGCGAUGUUGCCCAUAAUAAGAUGCGAGACGUCUACGAGGAUAUCAUCAUUCAACGUCGUAAACAUGGUCUCGAGUCCGACGACGAGUACGACAUGCUCUGGAAUCUCAUGAACUCGAACUACAAAGAUGGAACGCCGGUGCCCGAUAAAGAGGUUGCGUGCAUGAUGAUCACACUACUCAUGGGAGGUCAACACUCGUCGUCCUCGGCAAGUGCAUGGAUCAUGCAUCGUUUAGCCGCGCAUCCCGACAUUGCAGAAGAGCUCUAUCAAGAGCAAAUACAGAAUCUUGGCCAUGGAGACAAACGACUACUCUCACCAAUGCAGUAUUCCGACCUAGACAAGCUGCCGCUUUUACACAACGUCGUGAAGGAGACCCUUCGCCUACAUGGCUCCAUACAUUCCAUUCUUCGCAAGGUUAUGAACCCUCUGACCAUCCCCGGAAGUCCUUACGUGGUCGGCACUGACAAAGUGUUGCUGGCCUCGCCAAUGGUAACUGCCAUAAGCGACGACUAUUUCCUGGACGCAAAGGCUUGGAAUCCUCAUCGAUGGGAUGAGCCCCAGCCUAGUGAGGACAUCGUUGAUGCCAACGAUGUUGUAGACUACGGCUAUGGUGCAGUUUCCAAGGGUACCAGGAGUCCUUACAUCCCGUUCGGGGCGGGGCGACACCGCUGCAUUGGCGAGAAAUUUGCAUACUUGAAUCUAGGUGUCAUUGUCGGCACUAUCGUGCGCAACUUCAAAUUGGGCACUAUGGAUGGAAGAACAGGCAUCGUGCCGCCGACGGAUCACACAUCUAUGUUUGCGCGCCCGGUUCAACCUGGGCUCAUCCGUUGGACUCGCCGGGAGUAUGAAUAA